GUCAGAGUUGGUGGGGUCAAGGGUUAAACUGAGUAAACCCAGUCUUAAUAUCCGCGGAUUACAUUCAUUAUUUAUUUCAGAUGUUCCAAACCAGGAUCCAUCACACUGCUUUGCAUUUAAAAGUGUGCACGCCUACAUGAUCUGAUAAAAUGUUGGACUCCAGUGACUGCACCUUGUCUCUGGACAAUCUGUUUUUUGAGAAACCCACUGUCCUCAAAGUAAAGCCACUGCAUCAGGAGGUCAGUCCUUGGCAGCUGGAAGUGCCUCCAUCUCUUUCUCAGAUUCCAGCCACUCAGGAUAUGCAGAAGGAGGCAGAGACAUUUGCUACCCUAUACAGUUUCUCACAGAAAUCCAAGAAGUUUCUCCCUCCUUUCAAAGUAUCAGCUGGCCUUGACAUCUUAUCAAAAAUCAACACUCCUUACAGUUUUAACAAUGACGAGAAAAAGAUGAGAGAUGGCAGCAACAGUAACAGCAUCAGUAGAUGUAAUGGCCUUUGGGGAGGUGAAGGGUUCAGGGAUUACUCUCAGGGUCCCCGUCACAGUGGCAGAGGUGGAGAUGAAACUCCGCAGGACUCUGGUCAUGCGGCCAUCAGCAGGAGGUGUUUGUCUCUGGACUGCAGCAAAACCCCACCUCUACGGAGAAGCUUGUUCAAGGUUCAGGUGUCGAACGGUGGAGGUGACUCUUCAAACACAGAUGACCUCAGUAGCAGCGGCAGCAGCAGCCAGACAGCAUCCAGACCUCAAACUUUUCUCAGUCAGGUUACCAUGGCGACAGUACCUCCUCCUCUUCAACCGCCACGGACGACAGUUAGCCAAGCAGCUCCUCCUUUCCCCCGAAAGCCCCCCUUUUCACCCCCUCCACUGGGCUCAUCUGCAGCAAGUGGCCGACCCCCGCAGCAGGCGACACAUGCAGAGAUGCCGGACAAGGGCACAAAGAGAGCUUUCGUUCCGCCCAUGAUGCCUCAGCCGCUCUGUAUACAAGGUUCUUCUGGGUCUGAAGUUUUGCGACCUGUUUCUGAAAUCCCAUCUAAGUUCAGAUCCGUCUUCAACGAGUUCCCAUUUUUCAACUACGUUCAGUCCAAAGCACUAGAUGACGUUCUUUACACAGGUAAGAACUUUGUGGCAUGUGCUCCUACUGGAUCGGGUAAAACGGUGCUGUUUGAGCUGGCCAUCAUUCGCCUUCUAAUGGAGACGUCAGAGCCCUGGAGAGACGUCAAAGCUGUCUAUAUGGCCCCUAUCAAAGCUCUGUGCAGUCAGUGCUUUGAGAGCUGGAAGAAGAAGUUUGGUCCUCUGGGACUGAUCUGUAAGGAGCUUACAGGCGACACAGAGAUCGACGACUUCUUUGAGAUUCAGGACUCUCACAUCAUCCUGACCACACCGGAAAAAUGGGACAGCAUGACAAGAAAAUGGAAGGAUAACUGUCUGCUGCAGCUAGUCAGGCUCUUCCUUAUUGAUGAGGUUCAUGUGGUGAAAGAUGCGACCCGUGGUGCCACCUUGGAAGUCGUGGUGAGCAGGAUGAAGGCGGUACACGACUACAGGAGAGCACAGAAUCCAGACGCAGGCCUCUCUAUGAGGUUUGUGGCUGUAUCAGCCACCGUACCCAACAUCUCUGAUAUAGCAGACUGGUUGUCUAAUGAGAGCGGUCCAGCCACAUAUCUGUAUAUGGAUGAGAGCCAUCGCCCGGUGAAGCUGAGAAAGGUGGUGCUGGGAUUCCCGUGCAACCCAAGCCAAACAGAGUUUAAGUUUGACCUGUCACUCAACUACAAGAUGGCCAACAUCAUACAGACUUACUCUGACCAGAAGCCUGCUCUUGUGUUUUGCUCUACCAGGAAAGGAGUCCAGACGUCAGCUGCAGUUCUGGCCAAGGAUGCUCGAUUCAUUAUGAGUAUUGAGCACAAGCAAAGGUUGAUAAAAUAUGCAAACUCUAUUCUGGAUACAAAACUGAGAGAUCUGGUCAUGUUAGGAGUUGGUUACCACCAUGCAGGAGUUGACUUGUCAGAUAGGAAGCUGAUAGAAGAGGCCUUCACUCUGGGAGACUUGCCUGUUCUCUUUACUACCAGGACUCUGGCCAUGGGGGUGAACCUGCCAGCUCAUCUGGUGGUGAUCAAGUCCACUGUGCAGUAUGUUGCAGGCUCCUGUGAAGAGUACAGCGAGGCUGACCUGCUGCAGAUGAUAGGCCGAGCUGGAAGACCACAGUUUGACACAUCAGCGACUGCAGUGAUCAUGACCAAGGUUCAAACCAGAGAGAAGUAUAUGAAACUUAUGAAUGGGAUGGAAAUCAUUGAGAGCAGCUUACACAGUCACCUGGUGGAGCACCUGAAUGCUGAGAUUGUUCUCCAAACCAUCAGUCAUGUCAACAUGGCUCUGGACUGGAUACGCUCCACCUUCCUCUACAUCAGAGCCCUCAAGAACCCCACACACUACGGUUUCUCUGCUGACUUAGACAGAUAUGGAAUCGAAGCCAAAUUGCAAGAACUGUGUCUGAAGAACCUCAACUCUCUCUCCUCCAUUGGUCUGAUCAACAUGGAUGAAGAUAUCAACAUCAAACCAACAGAGGCUGGCAGGUUGAUGGCUAGGUACUUUGUUGCUUUUGAUACCAUGAAACGGUUCUGCGAAGUGGCUGGCACUGAGACGCUGUCUGACCUGAUCGAGCUGGUGUCAAAGAGCAGAGAGUUCAGCGACAUUCAGCUGAGAAUGAAUGAGAAGAGGCCCUUGAACACUUUAAACAGGGACAAGAACAGGAUCACCAUCAGGUUUCCUAUUGAGGGAAAGAUCAAAACCAGUGAGAUGAAAGUCAACUGCUUGAUUCAGGCUCAGCUCGGUUCCAUCUCAAUUCAAGAGUUUGGACUUACACAGGAGACAGCAAAGAUCUUCAGGAACGGGAUGCGCAUCAGCAAAUGUCUGUCAGAGUUUCUGAGUCAUCGAUACAAGACGGGUUUCUCUGCUCUGCUCAACGCCCUGAUCCUAGCUAAGUGCUUCAGAUCAAAGCUUUGGGAGAACUCACCCUAUGUUUCCAAACAGCUGGAGAAGAUAGGCCAAUCUCUCUCAACUGCCAUGGUGAACGCUGGACUCACCACUUUUAGCAAAAUAGAGCAAGCCAAUGCCAGAGAGCUCGAGCUGAUUCUCAACAGACAUCCACCAUUUGGCAACCAAAUCAGAGAAUCUGUCAUACACUUCCCGAAGUAUGAAGUCACAUUGGAGCAGCUUCCAAGGUAUAGCUGUGAUAUUGCGGAGAUUGUGGUGAAGGUGAACGUAAAAAACCAAGCACAGCUGCUGUCCAGGAAAACAGCUCCAGACCACCACUAUGUCUCUCUGAUCAUCGGAGACUCUGACAACAAUGUGGUCUUCCUACAGAAACUCACGGAUUUGGUGCUGUUGAAGAGUGGUAGCUGGUCGAAGAAGAUUGAGGUGGCGAAGGCCUCAGCGGGAGAGGAGAUCAGUGUCAAUCUCAUCAGCUCAGAAUAUGUGGGCUUGGACAUCCAGCAGAAGUUCAAUGUGUACUACUCUGGAGCCAGGAGGUUUGGCACCUGUGAUAAUCCUAAAAACAUACUGUAUGAUGCUGCUGGACAACAAUCGCUCUCUGCACUGAAGCCACAGUCUACAGAUCAGGCUACACCUCAGCGGGGAAAUGCCACAUGUGCUACAGACCAAGAUCUAGGCGACAAGAGACAGUGCAACCACUUCUGCAAGAACAAGGAUCUUUGUGGCCAUGACUGCUGUAAAGUAGGUGUAACUGUGGCACGGAAGAGGUCAGCAAAUCAAGAAUCCAGUUUCUCUUCCUAUUUGAAAGACCUGAGGAACAGGUGUGACACACUGGCGCAGACUCCUGUCAAACGACUCAAGAUGAAAAUGAGUGAGGAGUCUGUGUCUGUCAACAUACAGGAGUUUGCUUACAAACCCAAAGAGAGGCUUCCUGCUGUUUCCUGGUAUGGGAUAAACCACUAUGAAGCUUCAGGGAGACUUCACACUGAGACUAUAGAUCUGACAGGAGAAGACUGUGCUCAUCACACAGAUGUAGUUAAUCUGGACGACUUUGACAGCGAUUAUAACGACUACGUUGGGGACAUGCACAGGAUGAUGGAAACGCCGGUCCAAACCUCUGCUGCAUCUCAUGCUCACUCUCAAAGUUCGUCAGUGUGGAUGAACCCAGGAACAAGUGGCUGGAGUCAAAUCCCUGAACAGCAUCUCAACCAAAUCAAUACAUCCAGCCCAGCUUUCUCAAAGAGGUCCACUGUGGUAACGAACCAGGACACUCAGUGUGAAACAGCUUCAUCCUUACAAAUACCAGCAAUCACCUUUGACCUUGGAAAUGAAUGGGACAACUGGGGUGACUUUGAUGAUGAGAACUUGGUGCAUGCCAGUGAGACAGCGUUUGCCUCAUGCACAACUAAUGCUGGAAGUCAAAUCCAGCAGCCUGUUGAGUACAACGUGCCAGGGUUUGCUGUUACAUCAGAACCACUACUCUUCAGUCCCUCACAGGUCCAACCCUGCAUAACCACUACCAGUACACCACUGAGGGGAAUUUUACCAAAUACAAGUCCUGAAAUCAGAAAACCAGUAUCGUCACUGGUCACAGUCAGACCUCAGAAUAGCAUCACACUCGAUUGGAAUAAGAAGAGACCGAGCAUCUUCAGUGAAGAGAUCACAGUAAAAGCCUCGGAAAAUUUCCCAAAACAGACGCUCGUGGCACCAGCAACCAGAAGGUUUGAUUUCUUCUCAACAAUGAAAGAAUCGGCCGACUCCAGCUCAUGUGUCAGCAGAAGCAUCAACAGCAAAGAGGAGGAAGCUUUCCUUGGGAUAUUUGAUGGUAUAUUUUAGAAGUAGGGCAUGUCUAACUCUGAUAUAAAUAUG